AAGGGUUUUAACAAUAUGACCCAGAGCCACAGCCACCCACUCAAGAGCUUCUACAGUGUCCCACCACUCUCUGCCAUCAUACAUGAAUCGAAAGCUAUAAACUUUGAAGAUGGAUUUUUUUUUCCCAGCAGCUGCCACAGUAGGACCUGGCUCCUGGACAACUUUCAAGAAACCUGUCAUGAAACCACCAGCUGCAAAGUACCCAACUGUGAACAGGGACUGUCCACAGGGGAUAGCUGUGUGCAAACUGCCUGCCUCCCCCGAGUUGUCCAAACGACUUGUUCUAAUUCCAGGCCCUGUGAAAGGACACCAUGUCAAUCGGGAAGCUCCUCAGCGGUGUCAGAGGGUGUGUCUCAGCCUUGUCAGUCAAGAAGUAGCCAGCAAAUGGGUGUUGUAGUCCAGAGCUGCCAACCUGUAAGUAACAUGGCAAAGUGUUGUCCACCCAAGAUUUAUGUCUCUAAGACUUGCCAAACUGUGGCAUGUGAAUCUAGCCAGUGCCAAUCUCAGAGCCCCGAAUCCAGUUCCUGUAGCUCUCUGGUCUGCGUAGCACAGAGGCCACAACUCCUGGAAUCUUCUUCUAACACUUAUGAGCCAACUUGCUGUGUUACUGGUGGUUUGCAGUUGCCUAGUGAAUGA